AUGCUUCCACGAAGACCAGUCAGAGAUCUUCCAGCUAGGAGGAAUGUUAAGGAACAAGAGUUACCCAAUGCACCUGAAGCGCAACAGCAAGGAGAAGUUACUAAUGCUGAGUUCAGAGAAGCAAUUAGAAUGUUUAGUCAAGCUGUGACUAACCAGGUUGGUCAGCAAAGAGGAGCUCGACAAGAAGGGGCUGACACUUCGAGGAUUCGUGAAAUCUUGAGGAUGAAUCCCCCAUGUUUCACUGGUUCGAGUACUACUGAGGAUCCAAAGAACUUUAUUGAAGAACUGAAAAAGGUAUUCGAUGUGAUGCACGUUGCUGAUACUGAAAGAGUUGAGCUAGCUGCAUAUCAAAUGAAGAAUGUUGCUAGGACCUGGUUUGAUCAGUUGAAAGGGGUUAGAGCUGAGGAUGCACCACCUGCGAGGUGUGGUAGAACCCACCCAGGACAGUGUCACCAGGGCCAGACAGGUUGUUUCAACUGUAGACAAGAGGGUGAAUUCAUGCGAGAGUGUCCAAAGAACAUGCAAGGAAAUGAUAGUGCGGAGGAACAAACCGCUUAUAUGCUAUCAACAGUCGCCAAGAGAAAGAGGAUUCACCAGAUGUGGUCACUGGUAUGA